AUGAAGAGCCAGCAACCAAGUGCUUAUCUCUGUCAUUCUCUCGACCUCUACGAGAUCCUACACCAAACUACCCAGAACGUUGCUCUCGUGGAAGCUGAGACUAUCAAUGUGACUGACGAUACUUCCAUCGAGAAAGCAGUCGACUAUAUUGCCUCGAAGUAUGGCCGACUCGACAUACUUGUCAACAAUUCAGGCAUCAACAAUGAACUUGACUUGUAUUUCAAGCAGGUUGAACAGGCCAAGGCCGCUGAAAUAGCACCGCAGGAGUCCAAAGAAGACGGAAAUUCUGAGAUCUCCAAACUACCGGCUCAAGUCGAUCACCACUUGGAGAAAUCCAGGCCUGAUCUGGCCAUGAUGCGCAAGCUCUAUCAGGAGGCUUAUGAGGUCAACCUUUUCGGUGCCGCCAUGGUUACUGAGGCCUGCACACCUUUGCCUGAAAAAGCACUUGCUAAGCCACCACGCAUCGUCUUCGUCUCAUCCCACCCGGGGUCUAUGGGCCUUCGAGUCGACAAGAAUGAUCCUGAGUGGGAAAAGUGGUCGAGACCUUCAUUCCCCAUCUAUCGCAGUAGCAAGGCAGCGCUCAACUUUCUGACCCUUCACUAUGCAUCAAAAUUCGAGGGCAAGGAAUGGAAAGUGAAUGCUUCGUCUCCGAACUUGACAGCCACGAGUUUCUCGCAUGGUAAUGGACGGCCUGCCUCGGAAUCAGCGGUAAACAUUGUUCGGCUAGCAACUCUGUCAGCUGGUGGUGAUACGGCGACACACUGGUGA